GUCACUUUCUCCCACAAACAAAUCGAAUCAUCAUCUCUCUCUAAAACGCUUUUGAUUUUUGCUGUUCUUCAAGAUUCGCUGAUAAACCUUCAACCGCAAAUCGGAAGGCUUUGGAUAUUGUACAAGGUAGGUCUAUUCAGUAAGGCAUCCAGUGUAUCAAGGCUCCUUGGCUCUGCAAGGUUGGGGCAAGGAAUUUUACACAAACCAUUUCUUUGCAUUUUGCAAAAAGGCUGUUUGCAUUGCUCAAACCCAGGCUUCAUGCCUUCGGUCGUUUCACCUCAGUGGCAAGAGAAGGCCAGUGGUUUUUUCUCAUCUUCAGGGACAAAGCUGAAAGAAGCUGGGCAGUCUGCAGGAACAUUUGUGGGUGAGGUUGCUAAAGAUGCAAAAGGCAAUGUUUCUGGUGUCGCAGAAAGGGUCGGCUCUGUGGUCAAAAGCCGAUGGUCAUUUUUUCAGCAGCCAUCCACGAGACAAGCAAUGCAAGAACGCCUUGUUUCUGCAGCUGCUACUACUAGCUUCUUUCUGAGGAAGGGUGUGUCAGAGACAAAAGAGAAGGUUGUUGUAGGGAAAGUUAAAGUGGAAGAGGUGGCAAAGAAGACUGCCAAAAAGAGCAAAACCCUAUUGACUGAUAUUGAGCGAUGGCAGAAGGGUGUUGCAAGCACCGAUGUGUUUGGUGUGCCGAUAGAGGUUACAGUGCAGCGGCAAGAAUCCACCAGGCCUAUUCCUUUUUUAUUGAUCAAAUCUGCAGAUUAUCUUGUAUUAUCAGGACUGAAUUCUCCCGAUUUAUUCAAGUCUGAAGGAAACAAGAAGGCCAUCCAGCAAUUAGUGUCAUUAUACAACCAAGACUUGAAUGCACCACUACCUGAAGGUGUGAACCCAGUUGAUGUUGCAGCUCUUGUCAAGUGUUACCUGGCUAGCCUUCCUCAGCCAUUAAUCACUUCAGAGCUACACAAUGAAGUCCGGGGUGCCCGUUCUAGCAUACCGCUGAUGAGAAACAUAUUGAAGAAGCUUCCCACAGUCAAUUACAUGACACUGGAACUCAUUACUGCACUGUUGCUCCGUGUUAGCCAGAAAUCGCUUCUCAACAAGAUGGAUGCUCGAAGCCUGGCAAUGGAGAUGGCCCCUAUCAUUAUGUGGCAGAAGGGACAGAGACCAGAAACUUAUAAACAGUUCUGGAACCAGCAAUCAAGAACUCAAUCCAAUACAAAUGCCGAUCCUGCACAGAACUAUAAUGAGUGGGAUAUGCUUGCAGAUGAGAGCGAAGAUAUGGAUGUAUCAUCAGCGAUCCCAUUGGAUGAUGGAGUGGCAAUAGACUUCAGUGGCAUAGAGGUUUUACAGUGCUUAAUAGAACAUCACAAUGCCAUUUUCACAGAUGCAAAUGAGACUGUUUGGAGGUGACCGACCAUAUCAUUCUUUUCUCCAAAAUUUGAUUGAAUAAUUGAGUUACCAAAUAUUCUAAAAGUUGAUAUGGUGGUGAUGUGUAUAUUUUGUCAAGUUUACAUAUAUUCUUUAGGUUAGAAGGGUAUGUAUAUUUUGGUUUUCAUGUUUGAUUUUCUUUUCUUUCUUGCAAAGUUUGAUUGUUUGUAAAUUUUUACACUGAUAUAGAGAUC